UGACAAAACCGGGAGUCCAGGAUGGCACAAAGUUUGGAUCUUUUCACAUUGACCCUUCCUUGCUGCCUCCUGCUUUUCUCUCCUUGCUUCCUUUCCUCUUUCCUUUCUGUCCUUCCACACUGAGCAGCUCCUCAGUGCCAAACAUUACACUGGGCUUUGGUUAAAGUAGUACCUUACCAUCUUUGUACUCCCAGCACCUAGCAUAGCACCCAGUACAUAAUAGAUGCUCACUAACUGUUGAAUGAAACAUGAUUAAACAACUGAACAGCAGGAGUCAUCGUUAAAGAUGUGGUGAAUGGAAGACAGAAAUAGGAUGUUUUGUCUGAAAUGGGUCAUUCUGUGAGAAGUGUAGAGUGGAGUGGGCCCAGCAAUGCAAAUUACCAGCUUGAGACCUCCCUGGGGACUGUAACUCCUUGGCACUUUCCUUUAUACUUCAAAUUUUUCCCAAUAAAUUUUUGCUAUUUUUUUCAUUACCUGCCAGUGUUUCGCAUACCCACUAUUCCUGACCUUCAGUUAAAUAAGUAUAUGGUAUGUGCUUCAUUACAAUACCCUCAGCUUGUCUCAGAGAUUAGUCUGUAAAUAAGGCAUAUGUCUGAAUACAUGAUAACCUUUACUAUAAGGCAGUAGCCUCUGUCCCAUUGAGAAGACCCAAAAGAGGAGAUCAAAAGAUUAAGUUUGAGGCCAACUUGAAUGUGUAGACUUUUAGGAAUAUCUUAAGUAGUUAUGUGUGUACUUAUAAUUUGUUGAUUAAGAUAUACAUGUAUAUUUGCAAUCACAUAUUAUCUAAAAUAAUUGAUUCAUUUCAUUUAAAUUUUAUGGAACAGUUUUGAUUCAGUACUUCCAUAUGAAUCUUAAUCGUCUAACACAGUUUUCCAGAGCAUACCAUCUUUACUUCUACCUAAGUUUUUCGAAAUAUAGCAUUUUUUGAAUCUGUAGGUGAUACUGUCACUAGAAAUUUUUAUCACAAGUCACAAGUUCCACUCAUCUAACACUAGAACUUUUUUAAAAUUCAUCCUUUAGUGCUGUUUCAUGAGUCGCACAGUGUAUCCACACACUAUAUAUUAAAUUGAUCUUUAAAAAGCUUGUUUACAACAACAAAUAACACUACCAACUGUGACAGCAUAUUCUUUACCAGGAUUAAGUAUGAAAAUUCUUUUUAAAAUUUAUUUGCCAUCUUUUUUUUUAAUUUAACAGCUCCGUCAUGAUGACUUCUAUAAGUAUUCUACAUUAACAUCGAUUACUGUUAUUUCAAGCUAAUAUGCCUUCCCCAAGCUGCACCCUGUGACUCACUAAAUUAAGAGAGCAUCCCAUAAUAUAAAGGAUUUUGUAAAAUCUUGACUACAAAGAAACUCCCACUUAAUAACACUGAGAAAAAAACUGUCUUACAUUUGGGAAUGUACAGUGUUUAUUUCCCUUUAAUUUUUUCUUAAAAAGGUAGAAACCAGUUCUUCUUUAGGCCAGUACACUGUCUGGAAAAGAAAAGUGAACCAUAGAGGUAUGUAGAAUUAGGGAGUGAAAAAAAUGUAAUUGGAUAAGCACACAACUUUCCAGUUGUCAGGUCAUGAGAGGUGAUGGAUGUGUUUUUAUUGUGCGUUAGGAUGAGGCUAUGUGUGUGUGUGUGUGUGAAGACAUAAUUAUGGCUCUGUAUUUAGUAAUUAAAAAAUUACAUGUGAUGAAGAGUAAGCAAAUUGGUUUAACUGGAGUCUAAGUGGAUCAAGUUGGAAGAAGAAAAGUUGAAUUUGGCACGUGAUUUUGAUGGCAGAGGACAUCAGAGUGGUUUGGUACACUUAGCAGUUUAUUCCAUUUUAAAAUUGUGCACCUUCUCAGUUUUUCAGCAUUAAACAUACAGUUUGCAUAUUUACGUAUGUUUCAGGCUAUAUUAUUGGAAUUUUGAAGACAUGAAAACAUCAGAUGAACCUACCUGCAACACCUUGGAUUCAGAUUGGAAGAUAGAGAGAAAGUUUAAAGAAUGUGGCCAAUAAAGACGGGUAGUACCUGGAAAUAUUAACUGACUCGCACUGUAAAAAUGAGACUGAUUUCUAAACGAAAGAAGUUAUUUUAGGCCACCAUCAAAGUUCAAGACAAAAUGUUGAAAUAAAAACUUUACACUCCCCCUCUUUCCCACUUCAGGCAGGUACCAGCAUUAAUGAAUUAUGAUUUUCCUUAAUCAGAAGCACUCAUUUUUACCCAUGUAGACCACCUGUAAGAAUUACAUAUUGGUUAUUUAAUGUAGAUUAAUAAUGGAAAACUGAUUUUUCACAAUGGCAGAUUUUAAGGACUUGGUUCCAAACUGAGCUGAAGCUUCCCAAUGCAUUUUGUACAGUCUGGGAAAAGCUGUGCUGCAUUGGCCUGUUUUUGAAGGCCAUCAUGCCAUGUAAUAUAAGGAUAUCAUCUUAUUGCUGAUAUCUUUGAAGAGUCCCAAGCAGACACAGAAAAUGAAUGGAGGCAAGGAGUGUGACGGAGGGGACAAGGAUGGAGGUCUUCCAGCUAUACAAGUUCCUGUGGGUUGGCAGCGUCGAGUGGAUCAAAAUGGAGUGCUUUAUGUCAGUCCCAGUGGGUCUUUGUUAUCUUGCUUGGAGCAGGUUAAAACAUACCUGCUUACUGACGGAACAUGCAAGUGUGGCUUGGAAUGUCCUCUUAUCCUUCCCAAGGUGUUUAAUUUUGAUCCUGGAGCUGCUGUGAAACAGAGAACUGCAGAAGAUGUUAAAGCAGAUGAAGAUGUCACAAAGCUAUGCAUACAUAAAAGAAAGAUCAUUGCAGUGGCCACACUUCAUAAAAGCAUGGAAGCCCCACAUCCUUCUCUGGUGCUCACCAGUCCUGGAGGAGGAACAAAUGCAACUCCAGUAGUACCUUCUCGGGCAGCAACUCCAAGAUCAGUAAGAAAUAAGUCUCAUGAAGGAAUUACAAAUUCUGUGAUGCCAGAAUGUAAGCAUCCUUUCAAGUUAAUGAUUGGAUCAUCAAAUGCCAUGGGAAGGUUGUAUGUACAAGAACUGCCUGGGAGCCAGCAACAAGAACUCCACCCCGUCUACCCCCGGCAGAGAUUGGGCAGCAGUGAACAUGGACAGAAGUCUCCGUUCCGUGGCAGCCAUGGAGGCCUGCCCAGCCCAGCAUCAUCAGGAUCCCAGAUAUAUGGAGAUGGCUCAGUCUCUCCAAGGACUGACCCACUUGGAAGCCCUGAUGUUUUCACAAGAAGUAAUCCUGGUUUUCAUGGAGCUCCCAAUUCUAGUCCUAUUCACCUGAAUAGGACUCCACUUUCUCCACCUUCAGUAAUGCUACACGGUUCUCCUGUACACUCAUCCUGUGCAAUGGCUGGAAGGACUAAUAUACCUCUUUCCCCAACCUUGACUACAAAGAGUCCAGUAAUGAAAAAACCAAUGUGUAAUUUUUCAAGUAAUAUGGAAAUACCACGAGCAAUUUUCCACCACAAACCACCCCAAGGCCCACCACCCCCUCCUCCACCUUCUUGUGCUCUUCAGAAAAAGCCAUUAACAUCUGAGAAAGAUCCACUUGGCAUUCUUGACCCUAUUCCUAGUAAACCAGUGAAUCAGAACCCUGUUAUCAUUAAUCCAACCAAUUUCCAUUCAAAUGUCCACUCUCAGGUACCUGUGAUGAAUGUAAGCAUGCCUCCUGCUGUUGUUCCUUUGCCAAGUAAUCUCCCUUUGCCAACUGUAAAACCUGGGCACAUGAAUCAUGGGAGUCAUGUACAAAGAGUUCAGCAUUCAGCUUCAACCUCCCUGUCCCCUUCUCCAGUGACAUCCCCAGUGCACAUGAUGGGGACUGGAAUUGGAAGGAUCGAGGCAUCCCCCCAAAGAUCACGUUCAUCUUCCACGUCAUCAGAUCAUGGAAAUUUCAUGAUGCCACCUGUAGGACCCCAGGCCACUUGUAGUGGUAUUAAGGUUCCACCCAGGUCACCAAGGUCAACAAUAGGGUCCCCAAGACCAUCAAUGCCAUCAAGCCCUUCUACCAAGUCCGAUGGAUAUCAUCAAUACAAGGAUAUCCCUAAUUCAUUAAUUGCUGGAAUGAGUAAUGUACUAAAUACCCCAAGCAGUGCAGCUUUCCCUACUGCAUCUGCUGGAAGUGGUUCUGUAAAGAGUCAGCCUGGUUUGCUGGGAAUGCCUUUAAAUCAGAUCUUGAACCAGCACAAUGCUGCCUCCUUUCCAGCAAGUAGUUUACUCUCAGCAGCAGCCAAAGCACAGCUAGCAAAUCAAAACAAACUUGCUGGUAACAACAGUAGCAGCAGUAGCAAUUCUGGAGCUGUUGCCAGCAGUGGCAACACUGAAGGACAUAGCACUUUACACACCAUGUUCCCUCCUACUGCCAACAUGCUUCUCCCAACAGGUGAAGGGCAAAGUGGUCGAGCAGCACUAAGAGAUAAGCUGAUGUCUCAGCAAAAAGACUCAAUGCGGAAAAGAAAACAGCCACCUACCACAGUAUUGAGCCUGCUCAGACAGUCUCAAGUGGAUAGUUCUGCAGUUCCUAAACCUGGACCCGACUUGCUAAGGAAGCAGGGUCAGGGUUCAUUUCCCAUCAGUUCAAUGUCUCAGUUACUACAGUCUAUGAGUUGUCAAAGCUCUCACUUGAGUAGCAAUAGUACCCCGGUUUGUGGGGGCUCAAAUACUGCUUUGCCUUGCUCUGCUAACCAGCUGCAUUUUACAGAUCCCAAUAUGAACUCCAGUGUUCUUCAGAAUUCACUGACACAGAACAUACCUUUAAGAGGGGAAGCCGUGCACUGCCACAAUGCAAACACUAACUUUGUUCACAGUAACAGUCCAGUCCCAAACCACCAUCUUGCAGGUUUAAUAAAUCAGAUUCAGGCUAGCGGGAACUGCGGGAUGCUCAGUCAGUCCGGCAUGGCUUUAGGAAAUUCAUUACAUCCCAAUCCACCUCAGUCAAGAAUUUCAACGUCCUCCACUCCAGUGAUACCAAACAGCAUUGUUAGCAGCUAUAAUCAAACAAGUUCUGAAGCAGGCUGUUCAGGACCAUCAUCCUCCAUAGCCAUAGCUGGCACCAAUCAUCCUGCCAUCACAAAGACAACAUCUGUUCUUCAAGAUGGCGUCAUAGUCACCACCGCAGCUGGAAACUCGCUGCAGAGUCAGCUACCCAUUGGGAGUGAUUUUCCUUUUGUUGGCCAGGAGCACGCACUUCAUUUUCCAUCCAACAGCACGUCCAACAACCAUCUUCCACACCCCUUGAACCCCAGCCUCCUCAAUUCUCUACCUAUCUCUUUGCCAGUGAAUCAACAGCAUCUCUUAAACCAGAAUCUAUUAAAUAUCCUCCAGCCUUCAGCAGGAGAAGGCAAGUCUGAGAUCAACCUCCACCCUUUAGGUUUUCUCAACCCGAAUGUAAACGCUGCUUUAGCUUUUCUCUCCGGUGACAUGGAUGGGCAGGUAUUACAACCUGUUCACUUUCAGCUCUUAGCAGCCCUGCUUCAGAACCAAGCCCAAGCAGCUGCCAUGCUUCCCCUGCCAUCUUUCAAUCUGACCAUCUCAGAUCUUUUGCAACAGCAAAAUACCCCUUUACCCUCAUUAACACAGAUGACAGCCCCACCAGACCAUUUGCCAAGCAAUCAGUCAGAGAACAGCCGAGCUGAGACCCUUUUAACCAGCCCCCUGGGGAAUCCUUUACCAGUCUUUGCAGGCAGUGACACUACUUUUAACCCCCUGUUCCUCCCAGCUGUCACUGGGGCCUCAGGAUUAAUGGCCUUGAAUCCCCAGCUGUUGGGAGGUGUCCUGAACUCGGCAUCGGCCAACACGGCUAAUCAUCCAGAGGUUUCCAUAGCAACCUCCUCCCAGGCAACCACUACCACAACCACUACAUCAUCAGCAGUGGCAGCACUGACUGUCUCAACACUUGGUGGGACAGCAGUGGUGUCAAUGGCAGAAACAUUGCUGAAUAUAUCUAAUAAUGCUGGGAAUACACCUGGUCCAGCUAAACUCAACAGUAACUCUGUGGUGCCACAGCUACUUAACCCUCUACUGGGGACAGGUCUGCUUGGUGACAUGUCAUCAAUAAACAAUAUGAAUAACCAUCAACUGACUCAUCUACAGUCACUGUUAAACAACAAUCAGAUGUUCCCACCAAAUCAGCAACAGCAGCAGCUUCUCCAGGGGUACCAGAAUCUCCAGACAUUUCAAGGACAGUCCACAAUUCCUUGUCCAGCAAACAAUAACCCCAUGGCUUGUCUGUUUCAAAACUUCCAGGUGAGAAUGCAGGAAGAUGCAGCUCUCCUAAACAAAAGAAUAAGCAGUCAGCCUGGGCUCACAGCACUUCCAGAGAAUCUGAACACUACACUUCUACCUUUCCAAGAUACACCUUGUGAGUUGCAGCCGAGGAUUGACCCACCUCUUGGUCAGCAAGUGAAGGAUGGCCUUGUUGUGGGUGGCCAAGGUGAUGCUUCCGUAGAUGCCAUUUACAAAGCAGUUGUUGAGGCAGCCAGCAAAGGAAUGCAGGUUGUCAUCACCACUGCAGUCAACAGUACAACUCAGAUUAGCCCCAUUCCAGCUCUGAGUGCCAUGAGUGCCUUCACUGCCUCAAUUGGUGAUCCAUUAAAUCUCUCCAGUGCUGUCAGUGCGGUCAUUCAUGGACGAAACAUGGGAGGUGUAGAUCAUGAUGGUAGGCUGAGGAAUACAAGAGGGGUUCGGCUGCCCAAAAAUCUGGACCAUGGGAAGAACUCAAAUGAAGGAGAUGGGUUUGAGUAUUUCAAGUCAGCAAGUUGCCUCGCAUCCAGAAAACAGUGGGACGGGGAGCAAAGCCCUGGAGGAGAGCAAAACAGGUGGAAAUGCGAGGAAUUUUUAGAUCAUCCAAGCCACAUCCAUAGUAGUCCUUGUCAUGAAAGGUCCAACAAUGUCUCUACACUGCCAUUUCUGCCUGGGGAACAGCACCCAAUAAUGUUACCACCAAGAAACUGUCAAGGGGAUAAAAUUCUGGAAGAAAAUUUCAGGUAUAAUAACUACAAAAGAACUAUGAUAAGUUUUAAGGAGAGACUAGAGAACACUGUGGAAAGAUGUGCACACAUUAAUGGGAACAGACCUCGACAAAGUCGGGGCUUUGGAGAGCUGCUAAGCACUGCAAAGCAAGACCUAGUCCUAGAGGAGCAGUCUCCAAGUUCCUCAAAUAGUUUGGAAAGUUCUCUGGUCAAAGACUAUAUCCAUUACAAUGGAGACUUUAGUUCCAAAAGCAUUAAUGGGUGUGUGCCUAGCCCUUCAGAUGCUAAAAGCAUUAGUAGUGAAGAUGACCUAAGGAAUCCAGACUCCCCCUCUUCAAAUGAGUUGAUACAUUAUAGGCCAAGGACGUUCAACGUUGGCGACUUGGUCUGGGGCCAAAUCAAAGGACUGACUUCCUGGCCUGGAAAAUUAGUAAGAGAAGACGACGUUCACAAUUCAUGUCAACAAAGCCCCCAGGAAGGGAAGCAAUGUUGGAUAAAUGAAGUCUUGUGGAUUAAUAAGCAGACUUCUGCUUUUAAAAAGGUGGAGCCCGAGAAGUUGAAGACACUAACAGAAGGUUUGGAAGCCUACAGCAGAGCCCGGAAAAGGAACAGAAAAAGUGGAAAGCUAAAUAACCAUUUAGAAGCUGCUAUUCAUGAGGCCAUGAGUGAACUGGACAAAAUGUCUGGGACUGUUCACCAAAUCCCACAGGGAGACAGACAAAUGAGACCCCCCAAACCCAAGAGGAGGAAGAUCUCCAGAUAACAGGGACUACUCCAUUAAUGCGCAGUGUUUAUCAAAUGGAACGUGCACAGAUAUAUCUGUACAUAGGUAUUGAUAUAGCCACGGUUAGAUCAAUAUUUAUACUAUGGCAGAUAGCUACCACCACCACAGGGUGCUAAAAGAAACAGUGAUACAAUAUUUUUUGAUCAGGAAGGAUCAUGAAUGCUGGAAAAACAAAUCAAAAAUCCCUGAAAGAUGGUAGUUGUGGAUGGUCAAGAGAUUACUGAGAAACUCUUUUUUCUAUAAUACUGAAAUUGUGAUUAUAAGAAAUAGUCCAAAUGUUUCUGAAGAAUUUUCAAUGUUGUAUAUAGAAAAUACAGAAUUUCAUGGUGAUAUCAGAAAUGUAAAUAUUGUACAAUAUUGUCAUGUACAAGCGUACCUAAUGCACACUUUAUCUUUUAUUGUACAAAGAAAUAGUGUACAAAAUUCUUUGGUUUCUAUUGAGUACACUUACCAGAGACUACCAGUGUAAAGUGAUAAAUAAAAAUACAACCUAAAUGCUUUUCUAUGAUAAUGUAAAAGAUGCUGUUUUUGUAUUUAACAGCAGAGAAAAGGCAUGAUGAUGUAAUACCUGAAUUAUGACAUACACUUCACACCACUGAGUGUUCAUUUAUAUUGUCUGUUUGGAAUGAACUUGCCUGGAAGCACUGGACUCGAUUUCGGGUGUCUAGGAAAUUGCAAUCUUACCAGUUUCUAAAGGGAUGAGGGCUCACAGGUCUAAAUUAAGAAUUCAGAAACUGCAACCAUUUGUUGCAUAUUUUUUUUACCUAAGUUUUAAAGUAGAAUAGGUUUUAUAAAAAAAUCUUAGAUGUAAUAUUUUAUUCAGCCAUUUCUGUAGGUAACGUGUCAUAGCCACCUGUUGAACUCGAUUGCUUAUACUGCACCACCAUUGAUGAUCAGAACUGAGUUUUUUGGCAAACUAUAUCCGACAAGGUAAAACUUUCUGUUUGCAUACAUGGAGGCAAAGGCCCCAUUGAAACCAGUAUCAGAGUUAAGGUUGAUUAUGAUUCCGUUUUUUUUUUUUUGGUAGUGGCAAAAAUAAAUAUGAAUCAUCACAGCAAUUUUCAUAUCCAUUCAUCAGUAUUACUUAAACCAGAAGGUGGCUUAUAAAACUAUUAACAAUGGUAAUUUUUAUCAGUAUUAUGUAACAUAUCAGAUUUAUUUUAUUUAAAGAAUUAUUUAUACCAUUAGCAGAUUCUUAUAUAUAUUAAUGUGGCUGAAAUGUGCAGGUUAAAUCUAUUAACCAAAUUAUUUAUAUUAUAUUAAGUAAAAAAAAAACAGUGAAACAAAUCUAGAGAAAAAAUUACAUUACACAUAGACAAACCUAAAACUGUGAGCCAUUGUAAAGUACAAGGUAAUUAAUAAGAAAUGUAGCACAACAUUAUUUUCUGUCUUUUUUUUCACAAUGUAGUGGUGGUAUAACCGUAUCUCCCAGGCAGUGAAGCAUAGUUGCAGGCCUCCAGCCUGACUUCAGUUGAUGGAUCGUCAAAAGAAGGGAUUCAUUAUCCCUUUAUUCUUAGAACCACCAGCCCCCACCUUAAACCCCUAGUGAGCGCUGCCUUACCCUCUAGCCUGGGCCUCACUCAGCCGCAUCAUGCCCAGGCUGCUGAAAGGCUAUCCAAUAGCAGGCUCUCAAGUCCCCAGUGCCCACCACCUCCGGGUCUCCUCCUCUCUCAUCUACCCCAAAUGCCUCAGUCCUGUGAUGUAGCAGAGUUCCAGUAACUCAGGAAAAAAGGAGACCAAGGUCAUUCCUCAAGUUGGUUUCUUGGGGUCACAGCACAGAGCGCGCCACCUGGGCUCACUUUUGAUAGCAACAGCUCUUAGUUCUUCCCAGUCUCCUGCAUCUCCUGCGUCUCCCUGUCCUUUCCAUUCCCAUCCUAACCCCUACUUACCCCUAAGCCCAAUGGAAUGCAACUGGCUACACUAGGCUUCACGGCCUGGAGGCAGGAACCCUUCCUUUUGGGGGUAGAUUCAUUUUGUCUUUCCUGCAGUGGCAGGACUGCCUCCCACGGUCCUUUGUUCAGUGACUUUUGUGUAGUUUAGUUGACACAUUUUUGUUACAAGUUGAUGUGUUUGGUGUGUUUCAGUCAUUAAUGUUGUCCUUUAUUUAUUUAUUUAUUUUUGCAUCAGCCUGCUUUUCUACGGGUUUGUCCACAUGGUGGUUUGUU